AUGCCCGCAACUGCGGUCGCCGUGCAGGAGGAUAUCGUCGGUGAGGCGGAACGCCUGCGCCGCGUCGGGCAGCACCUCUUCUUUUGCGGCCUCGUCGAUGCCGCCGGUGUUACGCACCAGCUAAUGUUCAAGUCGGCUAGCGCCGAAGGAGUGAUGGACGACGGCGCACUGCGCCAGCUCAAGCGCUCGCUGCGGCCAGGCGACGCCCUCCGCGUAACGGUCCACGCACGCGAGCUGGCCGGCAGCGGCAGCGUGCUGCAUGUGCGGGAGGCGACCGUCCUCUCGCUCAGCGUUGCCUCCAACACGGGCGAGCGGCGGCGGGUCUCGCUCGACGGCGAGCCCACUGCCACCGCGCUGCCGCCGCCGCCGCCGCUGAGGCCGCGCUCCGAGGCCAAACAGCCUCCUUCUACGAGCACCGCGGCCGACGCCGACCCUGACGGCGACGAUGGCGUGCACGGCGACGGGGAGGCGCCGCGCACCGAGCGGGCGCGCAUCUUUGGCGAGUGGAUACUGCGUUCGUUCGCGCACGUCUUGGAGGAGCCGGCCGUGACGCAAUCGAGCGUCGAGGGGGCGCGCCCGUACACGGCGAGCGUGCGCCGCCUCGCCCGCGCCGCCUUCCCCGAGCUGGCCGACGCCGGGGAGGAGGGAGAGGAGGAGGAGGAGGAGGACUUGCUCGAGACGCUGUGCGGGGUGCACGACCCGGAGCGUUGCCUUGUCCUCCUCUGCUGGCUCCCGUCGCGAAGGGAGCCGGUCGGCUUCGCGCUGCUCUGCCGGCUCACCGCCUCGCUGCACGUCGCAAACCUGUGCGUCGACGCCGCCCUGCGGAGGAGGGGGCUCGGAGCGCUGCUCCUGCGGUCGGGCUCAGCCCUCGCGGCGUCGAUGGGGCUGCAUAAGCUCACCGGCAGCGUCGCCGCCUCAUCGCCGCACCUCCUCGACUUCUACGCGCGCCUCGGCGCCGCCGCGCUGCCGCCGCCGCCCUGCGGGCCCGGCGCAGCGAUCCUGACGCGCCGGCUCGAGGCGCCGUCCGGCCCGGCGACGGCGGGCGACGCGCCGGUGCCUCGCGAGCUCGGCGGUGCGGGCGGCGAGGCCGGCGGGAGGAGCGGCGUCCUCGACGUCGCGGGCGGGCGGGGAGAGCUGUCUCUGCACUUGACGCUGGCCGGGCAGCGGGCGACGCUCAUCGACCCGCGUCCGUCGGCGCUCGCAAAGUGGCAGCGCAAGCUGCUGCGCAAGUCGGGCUGCGAGCCCUUUGGCGUGCGGCGAGAGCUGUUUGGAGAGGCGGGCGGCGAGGCAGGGAUGGCCCUCGUGCGCGGCGCGGCGCUCGUCGUCGGCUUGCACACGGACGAGGUGACGGAGGCCAUCGUCGACGCGGCGCUCGCCGCCCGCACGCCGUUCGCCGUCGUGCCCUGCUGUGUCUUCUCCCGCCUGUUCCCCGGCCGGCGGCUCCGCAGCGGCCGGCCGGUGACGUCACACCCGUCGCUUGUCGCCUACUUGCUCGAGAAGCACCCCGCCGUCCGCUCCGCGCGCCUUGGCUUUGCGGGAAAGGACGUCGUCGUUUUUUGCACCGACUACGGCGCCCCGUCGGACGCCGCGCACCUAAUGUGUGCCCCGUGCGACGAGGGAUGA